GUAAACGAAGUUGUAGCUGCAAAGGGAGACAAUUCAGGACAGCCAAUAUUUCGUGGAAUUGAAAUCCAGACAUUUCUAUGUGAUUGCUCGCCAUAAACUGUAAAACUCUAUAGAAAGUCCCUAUAUUCAUAGAAUUGACAUGAAUUAAAGUUUAUUGGAAGUCCACAAAAGAAAUUGUUUUGAAGUUUGGAACAGUCAUUGAGUAAACAAAUAGAUGCUCAAAUCUUUAAUGAAAUAAUUGUUAUAAUUCUCAACCAGUUGUAAAGAGGUAUCAACUAACUAAACUGGUGGGAAGACUGUUGAUGACUUACUGAGAAGGGUGGUUAUCAAAGACAUGGAUUUCUUUCCAAAGAAAAAUACUGGUUCGUAUCGGUGCGAGGUAUGCGAUGUUACUGUGAACUCGGAGGUACAAUUGGUGCAGCAUCGAACAGGGAAAACACAUUUACGCAAAAUGCGUUCAGAUUUACCGGCUGAUGAAGCAGGUAGAGGAUUUCGUGGCAAAGAUGAGGAAGAAAUGGACCCCAUUACACAGGCUGUAGUCAACAAUGCUUUGGGUAAAUUAGCAACCAAGCGGAAAGCAACCCCAAAAAAAUGGAUCUACGUGGCCGGUUUCAGAUUUCGCAGAAGGAAAAAGAAAAAGUCAAAUGUUAACAAUUCUGACAAUACAACGACAGCUCAGGUAACUUGCAGCCAUUGUAACCGGACCUUUAACUCAGAAGCUCAAGCUGCUCAGCAUUAUAAUGGAUUGCGGCAUGCAAAGAAAGUAAAGAUGGUGGAGAAUACAAAGAAUAUGGAGACAGAUGAGGAUUCUCCUGAUAGAGACACUAAUGGAGAAGAUUUAGGGAAAAAAUUAGGUUUGUUUUUCUGUAGCUUAUGUAACAUUUCUGUGAACUCUAUGCAACAGUUGGAAGCUCAUAAGAGUGGCAAUAAGCAUGGAAAUAAAAUGCAGAAAUUAGAUGGCAAAUGUCUUGAUGACAAAGAUGGAGACUCUCUAGAGUGCAAAGAUGAUGACUAACACUUGAGUUCUGUCAUUGGAUUGUGGCCAUUCUGGGACAUUGCCUUGAAGGGUUUUCAGUCUACAAAUUGUCCUCACAAUUUGUAUUUUUAUUAAAGCCAGGUAUCUUUUGCUGAACUGCAAAGUCAUGGGUAUGUAAACAAACUAACACUUUGUCAUGGGGCAACAGGCACAGGCGGCGAGCUAGCAGAAACGUUAGCACACCGGGUGAAAUGCUUAGCGGUAUUUCAAAGAAUUGAAAAUAUACAAAAGAUAAUUGCUGUUUCUCUGUUUAUAUGAAAUGGGAAGAUUUACCAGCAUUAUUACAGCGAACUGUAGCAAAUUGCUCGAUUGGUGGUAGUGUGUAGAUCAACUGUUCAGCUAUGGAGGGAGUGUUUUAUGAUCCUGAUGCUUUAUUUUCAUGUGAUUCAUCAUCAUCAUCAUAAAUCCAAUUCUCCAUGCUUGCAUGACUCAUAUGGCAGAUUCUCUAUGGUUGGAUGUCUUUCCUGUUGUCACUCUUCAUGUUUCCAAGCCAGACAUGCUUUACAGGGACAACUGGAAAUGAACAAAAUCGCUUAUAUGACAGGGGCGCUUGUUUACACUUGUCUCAUUAUGUCAAUACAAAGGUCAACACACACACACAUAUUUCUGUCUGCGAAAUCCAUUCAUAAGGCUUUGGUCAGCGUUGGGGCUGUAGUAGAAGAGUUACUCAAGGUGCCACACAGUGGAAAUGAACUUGAAACCAUUUGGUUGGGAACAAGCUACUCAACCACACGGCCUUAUAUGUAUAUUAUAGAUUAUAUACAUGGUGGGCUUCUUACAGUUUCUGUUUACCAAAUCCACCCAUAAGAUUUGGUCAUCCCAGGGCUUUAGUAGAAGACAAUUUGCAUAAGGUGCCAUGCAGUGAGACUGAACUCAAGACCACAUGGUUGAGAAGCAAGCUGCUUAACCACCCAGCCAACCUAUGCGUCUGUCUGUUCAUAUCAGUUUUUCUUUUGUUUGUUUCCCUGCGGUUGAUGAGUCUUUGGUUUGACUUUCAGCAUUUUGAAAAUUCUUAUUAACUCGUUGAAUGAAAAGCUGAAAGUGGAAUCAAACUGUUUUAGUUAAUUAAAUUAAUUAAUGGAGUUGUAUCAACGUCAGUAUGUAAGCAAGUAUGUCUGUUCCAAGUCUUGUAGUCUGGAACCUACUGUUUCCACCAAUUUCUCUAUUUUAUGAAUUUUCCUUAAAAGCACCUCAAUAUGUCUGCUGUUGUAAUUUUGAUAAAAGCAAGAUUAAUACUUUGUACUUUCAUUUUGUAUAAUAUCAUUGGUUUUAGUGUUCACAUCUCCUUGCUUGCAUGGGUUGGACAGGUUUUCUGUGACUGGAUGCCUUUCCUGUCACUAACUCUGACUUGUUUCCAAGUGAAAGAAUAUUCACCCAUGGCCAAACAUGUUUUCAUACAAGAUCAGAAAUGCACAUCACUUGUAUAACCGGUUGUCCGUUUCGUUUUACCAAAUCUACUCACAUGGCAUUGGUUGACUCAGGGUUAUAGAAGACAUGCAAUGGGACUGAACCCAGAACAUGUGAUUGGGAAGAAAACUUUUUAAUUCUUAACCACACAGCCACACCUGUGUUUCCAUGCACACGUGUGCACCUACAAUUUUUUAUUUGAAAAUAUCGGUACAAUUUCAUCUUGGUCUCAAUGAGUAAACUUUCAUUGUAUUUCUUCAAAUUAGCAAAAUGAUUUAAUCCUGAUGUUUUCUGCAUAAAAUGGAGUUAGUUCUGAAAAUGUCUUUAAAAUGUUUACACUUAGCAGAAUGUAGCUAGACUAAUGUGACUCAUUUGUAUCAAAUUUAAACUGCCUUUUUUAAUGAAAUUUCUUUCUCUUCUUCCAGCCUGGUUUCAUAUGCCUCAUGUUGGCACAUUGGAGAUGGGUACUGUCUUCAUCUAUUAAUGCUACUAUUUCUACUGUUA